AUGUUGGACAGAAAAACAGGCAGAACAAUCGUGAUUAAGACGCACAUCCGACGUCGGACAAGGGGUACUGACUCGUUCGCCUCUGCCAUCGUGUUAAUUCGCAACCCAUUCCGAGCUAUAAUUAGUCAUUAUAAUUUCAAAGAAUCAUCAGGUCAUCAGGGUAUUGCAGAUUGGAACAUCACCAUGGAAACCAGCGAACAUUUGAACUGCGAUAUACAUCUGGCGCCGAAUGGAAGUCUUCCAAUUGUGGCUCUCGCCAGUUGUCCAGGAUCUGGUAACACGUGGGUGCGAUAUCUCCUGGAACAAGCAACGGGAAUUUAUACUGGGUCUGUUUAUCAUGACAAACGACUGCAGCGGGGUGGUUUACUCGGGGAAAUGGACGAAAUGAACUCGGGUAGGACAAUCGCUAUCAAAACUCACACUCGAACAAUGACAAGUGGUACCGAGUUAUUCACGUCUGCCAUCGUGUUAUUUCGGAAUCCGUUCCGAGCCGUAAUCAGUCAUUAUAAUUUCAAAGAGACACGCGACCAUCGUGGGGUAGCUAAGUGGGAGGCCAACAUGAACACAAGUCGUCACUGGCACAAUUCAUCAAAGAAGACCAUGGACUGGUGGAGAGAUGUUGCAAAAUUCUGGCUCACGUUAUAUGAAAAGCCGAUACUAGUGGUUCAUUACGAAGAUCUUGUAAACGAUACCGUAGGAGAGUUAACCCGGAUGUUGGACUUUUUGCACGUACCACAGAAGGAGCGACGAAUAGACUGCGUAAGAAAUAAACUAGAGGGAGGAUUUCAUCGCCAUUCCAACGUGAAUCAAGAGCUUCAGUUUGCCGCCUUCACGCCUGAAAUGCGAAGCGAAAUCAAGAAUUUUACUGACUGGACAUCAAGCAUAUUAACGCAGAGAGGUUACAAACCAAUAUACCGCUUGAAAGAAUUAGAAGUAUGA